AUGGGCGAUGGCGGGUACGGGGCUGCUAGCAGUGGGGCACGUCCGUCAGUCAAAGACCUGGUCAAAUUAUACAGCAGCUUUAUCAAAAGUAUCAAUUUCCAGUUCAGUGGGAGUGCUAUCCCCAACGAUGCCUUGCCCUCCAGUCUCGUUCUGUUCCACCAGGGAAGCCAUCCUGGCUCACUCAUCUUUGUUGCCCUUUUGCCCAAGACAGAGACUGUGAUUCUCGUCCUCACCAACUCAUUCGCUCUUAAUGAUGCAGCGGACUGGAUCGGUCAGCUGAUCAUUGAAGAGAUUGUCAACGUACCUUCGAAGCUCAGAACCGACUUUGUUGGGAUGGCAGAGGCGACUGUUGCUGAGAAUCUCAAAUGGUAUCCCCUUGUGGUCGAUGAACUGGAGAAGGGUAGGAAAGCGGGAAUGUCACGAAAGCCACUCACAGAGUACCAUAGAUUCAAAAUUGAUGUCAAACUUGUCGGAGAUAAGUUGUAUUGGCUUAUGCGAGGUCUCGAAACAGAAAUGUUUGAGCUGGCUCACUAUGAUGAAGAUACCUUUAGAUGGCUUCAGCCUAGAGAUGAACUGGUGAGAAACGGUCGACGGGCUGGGCGCAACCAAGGCGCAACAUUCUGGAAAGUCAAAUUCGAGGCUAGUGAAUCUGCCACGAUCAAUAAGCUGAUCUGGGUUCCUGACAGUGAGCUUCCACCAAUAAUUUACACAAAGUCAUGA